CCCACGGACUCGGCGCUCCGCUGGGAUCUGACACACUUUCCCCGCCGCCGCUGGACGUUUUCACACCGCUGGCACCGUCUCAUCGACUGCCAGAUGAUGACGUGACGUCAGAGUUAGAGAGCGGUGGCCGCCUCAGCUGUCAGUGAUGGAGGACCUCAGGUGUGUGGCUGUAGGUGUUUUCCAGGUGUGGAUGUUUGUGGUGGCGUUCUUCAUCAUGCUGCCCGCCAUGUUCGGCCUCUCUCUGGGGGUCACCGGGGUCUACAUCCAGAUCCUGGUCAAAAUCCUGGAGUGGGCCACGCUACGAAUCCAGAGAGGACGGCGGGAGCAGCCCAGCGUGCCUGUCCCUCUGCCCAGCGGGAUCAUUGAGCGAGCGGGGGGCUCGAUGGAGGAGGAGAUGGGGCAGCGGCGGAGCUCUCGGGCCCUGGCGGAGGGGGAGUUUGCCUUGAGCGACGCCUUCUACUUCUACAAGAAGGGUUUGGAAAGCAUCGCGGACGACCAGGUGACCCAGCGCUUCUCCUCCGAGGAGCUGGCCUCCUGGAACCUCCUCACCCGCACCAAUCAGAACUUCCGCUACAUCAGCCUCCGCCUCACCGUCAUCUGGGGCCUCGGCGUCUUCAUACGAUACUGCGUCCUCUUCCCUCUCAGGAUUACUCUGGCCAUCAUCGGCCUCCUGUGGCUCGUGAUCGGGACGACUCUGGUUGGACUUCUGCCCGACAGCAGUGUGAAGAACUGGCUGAGUGAACUGGUCCAUCUGACCUGCUACAGGAUCUGCUCCAGAGGACUGUCAGCCACCAUCCACUACCACAACAAAGAAAAUAAACCUCAGAAAGGAGGAAUAUGCGUAGCAAACCACACCACGCCUAUCGAUGUUGUGAUUCUGGCCAACGACGGCUGCUACGCUAUGGUGGGUCAGAUUCACGGAGGUCUGAUGGGGGUCAUUCAGAGGUCGAUGGUGAGGUCCUGUCCCCACGUUUGGUUCGAGAGGUCGGAGAUGAGAGACCGCCACGCUGUGACCAGCAGGCUGAGAGCUCACGUUGCGGCCAAGACCAAACUGCCCAUCCUGAUAUUUCCUGAAGGGACCUGCAUCAACAACACCUCGGUCAUGAUGUUUAAGAAGGGAAGCUUUGAAAUCGGAGGGACCAUUUACCCCGUCGCAAUCAAGUACGACCCUCGGUUUGGUGACGCUUUCUGGAACAGCAGCAAAUACAACAUGGUUAGUUACCUGCUGCGGAUGAUGACCAGCUGGGCCAUAGUCGUCAACGUGUGGUACCUCCCUCCCAUGACCAUACAGGACGGUGAAGAUGCAGCCCAGUUCGCCAACAGAGUGAAGUCCGCCAUCGCCCAUCAGGGAGGACUGCUGGACCUGGCGUGGGACGGAGGACUGAAGAGACAAAAAGUGAAGGAUUCGUUUAAAGAAGAGCAGCAGAAGAUGUACAGCAGCAUCGUCGUUGGACAGAACAACAGCAGCUCCCCAAAAACAAGCAGGGACACCGCAGAGGAGCAGUAGAGCUGGACGCUCCCUCCGAUAAUCACUCGAUCAGUGUGAACCGGAUGAGAAAGCUGAAUCUCCAGGAAACCUCAGAUGCAGGGGCUCUGAGCCUCAGUCGGUCUGCUCCUCCGAUGGGAGACAGACUGCGUCGUCCUUUUGAACUCGCUCCGAACGUCUUAUUUGACUCUUUUUCUUACAUUUUAUCCAAAGUCCAAACGCCAGCGCUCAGCCUCAAAGCUCGCAUCAGCUCUUUAUUUUCAUUUUCCUCGAGCCCCGCGUGUGUGUGUGUGUGUGUAGGAGUGUGUCUGCACCAGCAGGAGGCAGUGUAUGACAGCGCAAUAACUGUUGAUCUCUCUGCUCCUGACAACACCUUCACCGGUACCACACACUUUCCCUUGUGACAGCUGCGACGUUUCCACAACCUACCAGAGGAAAUGAUCUGUGUCGCUACAACCACUGCUUCAAGCCUUUCUCAGUAUAUUUGUUGAACCAAACGUCCUUUGUGUGACGCUGAUUCUUCACCUGUUUGGAUCUUUAUCUACAGGAGAAAAACAGUAUCGAUUCCGUACACGCGCUCAUAUCCGGUCCACCUCACCUUUAGUUCGUUUUUAUUGAUGCAAUAAGACGCAACAGAAGACGUAAGUCUCUGACGAUGGUAGAUGGGACACAACGUAAGAACAGUUUACGACAUCAGCUGCAACUAACGAUUAUUUUCAUAAAUCUUUUUUUUUUUUUGGGGGGUCUGAUCAACAGCUCAAAUCUCAGCGGAAAAAAAACCCUCGCAGUUGAGGGAACGCGUCAAUUUGUGGCAUUUUAGCUUCACAAACGACUCCAGUGAUCAAUCGAUUAUCACGAUUGAUUCAUCGACUGGUUGUUUCAGCCUGGACAUCAACGCAUUUCAGCAUGCAGUGGUCACGAUGAGGACAUGGAGGCCUGCACGGCGAAUUCAACAACUGCACGAUAAGAUGUGUGUCGACAGUAAGAAGUUAAGGCAAAGAGAAAAAGAUGAAAACGAUAAUAACCCCCCGUUGAUCCCUCAGGUCACUUCACCUGUAAAUCAGUCAUUAAAAACCAUCAUGUCUUACACGUGAGACACAGUCAGAUCCAAACUCAGCCUAAAAUGUUUUAAUCGUAGGAUUGUUUGAAAAAUAUUUUUUAAAUUUGGCAAAAAGUAGAAUCACUGUUUUCUGCUCCCACAAGGAUUUUUAGUCACUAACAUCACUUCAUACACACAGAUCUCAAAAUGACUUAAAGCCGCUGUCAACUGAGCUAAACACACUGCAGGUGUGUGUGUAUUCACAAAACAAGCUCAUCACAACGUAGAGUCACACGACAAUAAAGAGAAAAGAUGGGAAUAACAGAAAUGAGAAAAAGACUCAUAAAAGAAAAACUGAACCUUCAUGGAGGUUUCUGGAGUGUGUUCCAAGCUGUGGGUCGGGACACCCACUAGGGGUCGCGGGCUGAACCUGAGGGUUCGCGAGUCGAUAAAUAAAAUACGAAACCGCCAAAAAAUGUUACACUAAACGAGAGGGAUUUUCAGACUUUGCUCUUUGCUUUUGCCUUUUUUCUCGCGAACGACUGGAGAAUUUAAUUUGGUCUCGCCUCUAAAAAUCAAGAAAAAAAUCAGACUGGAUAAACUGGGAUGAGCAGGCGUUGUGCAGCGUCGCGCUGCCAGCUUGGCUACAAUAUGGAGCAAAGAUAACACGUGGUCAGGACUUCGCCUUUGACCUCCUCUGGGGCCCAUUCGCUAAUCCAGCCACGUUUCCACCCAACACCACAUUUCUCUGCCGCAGCCGUGAACCGGUGUUAGUCCAAGUUAUGGAUUCGCCGUUUUAGCCGAUGACGCUGACAGGUGGCGUAAAUAUCUCAGGUGUGGUUAAAGCAGCGAACAGGUGCCGUGGGCGACAGUCAGUCAUCAGUUUGUGUCGCAGGAGUUUCCUGUAGAGUCAGACUUCGCCGUCUGAAUCAACCGUAUUACAGUUUAUCCAAUGAAUGAAACGAAAGUUUUCAUUUUUACUCUGCAGUGUGUGAUUUCUUCCUGCAGGAGUCAGGUUCAGAGCGUCUUUGAAUGAGAAUUGGUUUGUCUCACACAAUUUGUUGAUAAUGAACGUUGUAUCUUAAAAUACAACAGUGGCUUGAAUUCAGCCAUUAACACUGAUGUUAUUCCGUCAAACACUCGAUGCUUUACGUGUUAAAUGGUUUGAGGCAGAUGUUUUCAGAUUGUGUGCGUCGUGUGGUCUUUCUGUAAACUGAGGCGGCUAAAAACCCGAAGUCAAAGCUGGAGGAAUGAUAUCCCGAGCAGAACAUUAAUUAGCAACAGUUUUGAUCAGUGAUGCAGAAUUUGAGUCAGGUUUUCAGCAAGAAUGUCAAAAUGAUGAAUCUAAAUAUUUUCUGCUUUUCAGCCUGCAUCACCACCAGGAUAAAAUCCCUAAAAGUUCAUUAUCUCCACUGUGGCCGAGACCGUUGUCCCUCUGCUGCAGCCUGAAGUCAAAGCUGUGACAUAAAGAUAUUGCUGAUAAUUCAGAUGUUUUCUAUUUGCAGUAAAUCACCCAAAUAUUCGUCAGAUUUGUGCUUUCAUGAAUAAAUAUAUGCGCUUCUUUUAGUAACUUCCUCCAAUUGAAUUCUCCAAUUUAUUCCCAUAAAAGCAGACAGAACGGGACAAUCUUCAUAUUCUUCCUUUAAAACCUGCUGUACUGAUGCACUCGUCACGAGAGCUCGGCCAUCACAUUUAAUUCACGACGUUUAAUUCUCUCUGUAUAUAUUUUUCUUUUUAUGGGAUCACUGUGCACCGCGUGCGUCUCUUAUUGUUGUUUUAUUUCCUCUGUAUUUUGCCAAGUCAUAUUUAAUUCAUUACUGUAUUUCUCCAUCUGAAGGGGGUCGGCUCUGUAAGUCUGUGGCCUCUUGACCUCUUCUGUCACAUCUGGUUUGACUGAGGUUUGACUCUGUUGAGUGCUGCACCAGCUGCUCUGGGCUGAGCCUGAAUAUCUGUGAAUAUUCUGGGGUUUUUAAAAUGCGUUUAUACACAUAAAUCCCGAACCCCGUCGGCAGCGUUCAACCGUUUCAGUGUUUUCACAGUGUUUUCACAGUGUUGUCACAUUACUCAGAGUGGCGAGGCACCCAGACACGUGCUGGAUCUACUGUACGUUCUCUUCUCUGCUAAUUCCGUAUUGAAUCAGUUCACUCUCUGCAGCUCCGUUUUCCAGCCAAUACACUUCCCGGUCCGUCUCAGACCCCCGUUCUCUGCCUUGGGCUCUUUCGCUGCCAGAAGAAAAACGUUUGACGGGAAUGCGUCUCCGAGGAGCCUCCUUGAGGUUAUCCAGGCACAUCACGGCGCCGCUCUUUUGAACGGCAUAUCCACAAAGAUCUGUUACAUUAUUUGCAAAUGCCCCCCAUCUCCAAUUGCACCGUAAUUUAUGACGGUCAGCUGAUUGCGACCGUCGGCGGUGUCGUCUCACGAAAUGAGGACCUGAUCGUCGAGGCCGUGUCAGAGCCGAGUCUUGCCUUAAUCGUAAAAUCCAUCCCUCCUCCCGUGUAACGGAGGCAGCGGCCGCGAAAGGAGCCGGAGGAAGGAAUUGCAGUGAACGGCUGCACAGCUGAGUCGGGCCCAGACAUGUUUACUGUGACGGUGCUUUAAUAAAGAAAGCAGAGACUGUGAAAUAGCAUGGAGUUAUUCUUCCACACACAGCCGGGCUUACGUUUCACAGCCUCUCCGUCUCUCACACCCGGGCCGCCUCCAGCACCCGGCUAUAAUAACAAUCCCGCGACUCAAAUUGCUUGAACAGAAAUGUUUGUUCUCCCCUAACAAGAUUGUGAAUUAUUAAUAGGAUCUAAAGCCGAUUCUAUAACCCGAUUGCUGAGGUGGGAUUCUUGGCGAGCGAUGCUCCACCACACCAUUUACUGUGAUGUAUGUGUCUGCACAUCUUUAUAUCCAAUUUAAUGUGAUUCGGAUAGAUUUCAGAGGGACAUCAUAAAAGGCAUUGGAGUGACCCCGACUGCAGACUCCAUGCAACCCCCCCGUAUGUCCCAAUAUGUUGAUUCGAUUUGCUCAAUUUUACUUUUACCCUCAAGUGAUCUAUACAAAUGCAAUGCAGGUACACUAAGUAAAUAUGAAUACAUUUCCAAAUUGAAUCCAAGUGAAUGUAGUCCACAGAGGACAUCAUUUUAAAUCACGCUGUGCUGGGAACUGAGCAGUCUGACCACUCACAAGGGUAAAUGACUGAGGCUCCCUCUAAGACUCGCCAUUAGUUGGAGUGUAAUGCCUUUAAAUACAUUGUUCUGCCAUUUAUUCUGUGCUCCUGCUGUAAUGUAUGUGAUGCUGAGGAGGUACAAUACAGCUGAGGGAGAGGGAUCGAUACAGGCUGACUCUCUAUAUUGGGAGGGAUUCCUGAGAUCUGUGUUGGCCGGCGGCAGCAUAUUCAGGCAACGCACCGUUUCUUUGGCCCAGAUGCGAGAACUUAUCUCAGUGCCGACGUAUUUCUGUGCCGCGUUACUUGAUCCGACAGCUGGAGUCGCUGGUUGCUUCCCAGGAUUCAGAAUCCAGAAAAUAAAAUUCGAUGCACCUCUUACAAAAAAGCUUUAGUUUUCACUAGUUUCCGCAAAGAGACACUUCCCCUCUAAACUUGUCUCAAACCUUCUGAGACCCAAAGAUGUCAAAAGGAUCCGAGCUUUCACAAAAAAACCUGAGGUCAGAGAAGAGUCCAGAAACUGAAUCCAGAUCAGUGAAUCAGAACUGUUUUUUUGUUUUUUUUUCCUCUCCCGUGAAUCGUCUGACGACCCCUCAGGUUGACCUGGUGACCCUCCGGCCGGGGCCCGACCCCCAGGUUGGGACCCACUGGACUGAACUCUCUCUCCCGGUACACGACGCAGCUAAGAGCAGCUCCGCCCGGAGCAGCUCCAGCAGUAAAACAGAAACGCCACACAUUUAAGUGCCACACGUGUCGGACAAAACGAAGGCAGAACCUUCAGCUGCAUCACAAGUUGGUGUCUAGUUUGUGCGAGUUGUUACCUCAGGAUGAAACAGGGCGAAAUAAACUACUCAGGUAGGACAUGUCAGAGCAGGACAGAAAAGGUUCCGGCUUGGUUGGAGGGGGAUUUCUCUGUGCGCGUCUCUGGUCACGCUGCGGUCACCGAGGGCCGCGGACACGAAGCCGGGACCAGCCGCAGUGCAGCCGUGACGGACUGAAGCCGACCGCGGACCUGUCACGCACAAAGGCGCAACAGUACAACAGGCCGGUUUCGUAGACGCGCCGGAGCCGUGCAGGAAAGAAUCCGCUUCGGCUGCCUCUGCGGCCCCUCGGCCCUGCCUGACUGUGUCUCUGCGUCAGUCUGACCAGAAGGGGGAAAUAUGAGACCGAGCCUUCUCUUAACAUGCCUCUGAUUUGCAUACGCUAAUGAAAGCAGCUAUAAUUGGUCAGAAUUGAUUUUUUUUCCCCUGCUUUGAUUGAGCUACAAUUGAGUCUGAAGUUCUCGGAGUGGAGAACUGAUUGAUUUGUGGUUAAAUUCCAGUUUAUUUAGUUUAGAGAAUAAUUAUGUUCUCGUGCUGUGAUUGGACAGGCAGAGGAGAGGCGCUGACCUCCUCCUCCAAUCCCCUUCCCCCUCUCUUGCCUGUGUUUGUUAUGAGAGGAAUCAUUUCUGCCGUCAUCUACGAUCUGUCCCAAACCAUUCAUUGUGUUUUACUGAGUGAAAAGGUGGAGUUACAUGAAAAAUGUCCUGCAUCGAGGUACAUGAAGGUGUGAAAUUGCAGACUCCUCUUUGCCCUCGGCCCCGUGCCUCAAGAAGUAUUUCUGCUUUUAUUGACAGAGCGGCUGAAUUCCAGCCCGACGGCGGCGGCGGUGGCCCGCUGCUCCCGGCAUCCUCCUCCAGCCUUGAUUGCUUUUGUUUCCAGGUCACCUCCUAUCUAUUGCUGCAACUUUUCCAAUUUCUCUGAGCUUGUUGUAUGAAGACAGAAGGCGCCGCCAUCAGCGGCUCUCUGGGAAAUGUACACAAGCCUCCACAGGGAGACAAUACAAAGGGAAGGCAGGGAAAGCUCCUCGCUGACGGGCUCCGUGGGCGACGCCGCCCCGAUGCAACCUCAUGAAAUGAAUAAUCAAAUUAAUGCCUUGGUUCAUUAAUAUGAAAUUAUCUCAGCGUGAAGUUUAAUUGCAUCCAACUUGUGGAAGUGUUCUGGUAUGGAUCUGAGCUGGGGAAAUGAUGGAUGAUGAGGGAGGCGUGAUGAAUGAAGAAAGCGGCGGAACUAAAUUGAAAGUGUACUCAUCCGUUCUUCCCUCACAACUGAUGACUAAUUGAGCGUGUCACGCCGAACAAUACGCGUCGAGGUUUAAGCGUCGUCUCCUCCACGUAGCCGACGGACGUCCCGUCCCCCAGUAGGAAUCCUGAUCUGUGUCCAACUUCUCAGUCCGUCGCCAAUUAUAGGCCCAGUGUCUUUAUGUGCUCUGUUUUCAGCAGUUACUCAACUGAGUAUUUAUUUCAUGCUACUUUAUACUUCUACUCCACAACAUGUCAGGGGGAAAUGUUGUCCCCACAUUUAGCUUUAAUAAGCAGCAUAGAAAUAUCAAAUACAUACUAUAUAAGCAGAACAUGUUUCAGUCUUUAUCGGUGUCCAGUGUUUGUUUUACCGUGUUGUGGUUCAUCGUCUGUUCCUCCAGCAGCCUCCGCUGACGGAGGAGUCGGAGCCGGUGACAGAGACGCUGACAAACACUGAGAUUUGAUCACAGCUGCGUCAGAGUCUGUUAGAAAGCGUUUAUUAAAUAUUUAUACGCUGCCUAUCAAGGCUAAAUAGGAGGAUUUAAGAAUAAAGUGUUUAUUCUGCACCACAUUAUCUGACAGAUGUAUUUACUGGUUACUUGACAGAUUAAGAUUCAAAAUAAACAAACUGUGAUCAUC